AUGAGUAUUAAUCGAUACAAUUAUAAAACAAUGAAUAGUUUAUUGAAGGAUAAAACUCCUCAACAUUUUGACAUCUUACCACAUACGACUAUAAAAUGUAUUAUUCAUCCUUCUGUUAUUUUUACAAUCUUAGAUGCAUAUUUAAGAAGAGAUGAAGACCAAACACAUGUGAUAGGAACAUUAAUGGGUUCAGUGAUUGAUACAAAUUUGGUUGAAAUUUCGGAUUGUUUUGUUGAUAAACAUUCAUUAAAUGAAGGAGGAUUUUUACAAAUAAUUAAAGAUCAUCAUGAAACUAUGUAUGAGUUGAAGCAGAAAAUACGUCCAAGAGAUCAAGUUGUUGGAUGGUUUUGUUCAGGCUCGGAGUUAUCUGAACUUUCUUGUGCUGUACAUGGAUGGUUCAAAGAAUACAAUUCGAUAUCAAAAUUUUAUCCACAUACUCCUUUGAAUGAACCUAUACAUUUAUUAGUUGAUGCUAGUUUAGAAAGUGGUUUUUUAAAUAUUAAAGCAUAUGUUCAAUUACCUAUAUCCUUAGUUAAGGAUUAUUUUGUUCAUUUCCAUGAGAUUCAAACAGAAUUAUUACCUUGUAAUGUUGAAAGAGCUGAUGUUUUAUCAGUUAAAGAAAAUAUACAUUCAAUUAAGGAUAUUCAUACAAAUAAUUUAGAACAUAAUAAUAACAAUACUCAAAUAGAUAUGAAUGAAUUAUCAUUAAAAAAAUUAUUAAUCAUGUUAAAACAAUGUAAAUCAUAUGUUCAAGAUGUUAUUGAUCACAAAAAGAAAGGAAAUAUUAGUGUUGGAAGAUAUUUACAUAAAGUUUUAUCAAACGAUACUUUCCUAACCUUAGAAAAAUUUGAUUCAAUAAAUGAAAGUGUGUUACAAGAUAAUUUAAUGAUUUCCUACUUAUCAAAUUUGGCAAAUUUACAAUUCUUAAUUGCAGAAAAGUUAAACGCAUCAUCUUUGCAAUGA